CAAGUGCCGGGGCUGCAGUCAAGGCUCGGUUCGCAGGACCGCGGAGAGGCAGCCCCGGCGAGCGGCCGUGCAGCGCGCACCGUUUGGAGGGGCCCGGGCGCGGGAGUGCGGCGCUCUGCUGGCCCCGAGCGCGGCGUCGCAGCCCCCGACCAGCAGUUGCCGCCACCCGACUUUCGCUCCAGUUGCGGCUCCUCCGGGCAGCAUGUCAAAAGCCGCCGCCGCUACAGCUGCCGCCGCCACCUGGGGAAGAGCAGCAGCAGCAGCGGCGGCCGCGGGCGCGCGGGGGCAAUAAGCCGAACCACUCGGCGUCCAGGGAACUCUCUCCGCGCUCACGGUUCCGGCGGGACCCGCGCCAUGUGCUGAGCCAUGCCCCUCGCCGCGCCCGCGGGCAGCGCAUGGGGCAGCGCCUGAGCGGCAGCCGAUCCUGCCUCGAUGUCCCCGGCCGGCUUCUGCCGCAGCCGCCGCCGCCCCCGCCACCGGUGAGAAGGAAGCUCGCGCUGCUCUUCGCCAUGCUCUGCAUCUGGCUCUACAUGUUCCUGUACUCGUGCGCCGGCUCGUGCGCCGCCGCGCCCGGGCUGCUGCUGCUGGGCUCGGGGUCCCGCGCCGCCCACGCCCCGCCGGCCCUGGCCUCAGGUCGCGACGGACCUCCCUCGAGGCUGCCGUUCCCGGCGGCGCCAGCCACCCAGUUGGCUCCUGGCGGGGAGACGGCCGAGGGCGCCACGAGCCAGGAAGAGCAGAGUCCCGAGGCGCCGGACUCCCCCAGCCCCAUCUCUAGCUUCUUCAGCGGGUCCGGCAGCAAGCAGCUGCCGCAGGCCAUCAUCAUCGGCGUGAAGAAGGGCGGCACGCGGGCGCUGCUCGAGUUCCUGCGCGUGCACCCCGACGUGCGCGCCGUGGGCGCCGAGCCCCACUUCUUCGACCGCAGCUACGACAAGGGCCUCGCCUGGUACCGGGACCUGAUGCCGAGGACCCUGGAGGGGCAGAUCACCAUGGAGAAGACGCCCAGCUACUUCGUGACGCGCGAGGCGCCCGCGCGCAUCUCGGCCAUGUCCAAGGACACCAAGCUCCUGGUGGUGGUGCGGGACCCGGUGACCAGGGCCGUCUCGGACUACACGCAGACGCUGUCCAAGCGGCCCGACAUCCCCAGCUUCGAGAGCCUGGCCUUCAGGAACCGGACGGCGGGCCUCGUGGACCGGGCGUGGAGCGCCAUCCAGAUCGGCCUGUACGCCGAGCACCUGGAGCGCUGGCUGCGCCACUUCCCCGCCCGGCAGCUGCUCUUCGUGAGCGGCGAGCGGCUGGUGCGCGACCCGGCCGGCGAGCUGGGCCGCGUGCAGGACUUCCUGGGCCUCAAGCGCAUCAUCUCCGACAAGCACUUCUACUUCAACCAGACCAAGGGCUUCCCCUGCCUCAAGAAGGCCGAGGGCAGCGGCCGCCCUCACUGCCUGGGCAAGACCAAGGGCAGACCCCACCCCGAGAUCGACGGCCAGGUCCUGCGGCGGCUGCGCGACUUCUACCGGCCCUUCAACCGCAAGUUCUACCAGAUGACGGGCCACGACUUCGGCUGGGACUGAUCAGACCCUCCCGCCCCCAUCCCCCGCCUCCCCUACCCGGGGCUUAGGAAAUAUUGAGAGAGAUUAUAUGUAUGUAAAAUGUACAGAAAUCUAUUUUAUAAUAAUUUAUUUUUAAUUCAUAAGCAAUUAAUUCACUAAGCUGCCUAGCCACGCUCUUUAGAGAGUCACAUAAUCUGUUAACAUUCCAAAGUGUUUCUAAUAUUUUCUUCUUGUCUUCACAAUGGAUGGUGCUUCCUUUUUUUUUUUUUUUUUUUUUUCUUUCUUUCUACCCAUUGUAUUUAAAAAGAAGAAAAGCACAACUUGAGAUUUUUGUUGUUACGGGUAUGCAGCCUUCGAUCGCUGUCUGGAGGCACUUGCGCACCUCCUCAUAUGGAAGCUUCAAUCUCCCUUCCUGCCUGGGCACCUCUGGGAGCUCUGGGCCGCCAGACCUUCGCAUAGCAGCUUUCUCGCUGACGUGCUGACACAUCCAAGGGCGUAGACUCCAAACCAAUUAUCAGUCCCCACUUCUGCAGGUCCCGUGUGUGAGAUGCUCGGCUGCUGCUUUAGAAAUAAAGACGAUCCCUUCUAAUUUG